AUGGGUGCGGAGGAGAGCAGGGCCAAGGCAGCCAACGAGGAAAGGCCUGGGUGCCGAUCUGGCUGUUGCCGGGUAGAGGUGUCCCAGGCUGCAGCUAGACCGAGGGAACUCCCGGCCACUGGAGCCCAGAAGUUGUCCCAUGGGGGACACCGUCUUCUUCAGGAGCCCUUCGCAGGCUCUUUGGCCCAGCACCUGCCCACCCUGUUGAGGACAGAAGAAGAGGCAAAAGCGCUUUUCGCUCCCCUGCAGGGAACAGACAAAGUUUCUCCCCAGGGCUGGAAGGGGUUUUUCUGUGGGGCAGCCAUGGGGCCUGGCCUGAUCCUGCUGGAGGCACUGUUGGUGCUGAUGGGGCUGUCCCUGGUCCCUGGGGCAGAGAGGAGGCUCAAGACCCCCGCCGCCCGUUUCCUGUACCAGGGCAAGGCCGAGUGCCGCCUCGCCAACGGGACUCGGGGCGAGGUGCGCUUCCUGCUGAGGUACAUCUACGACCGCCAGGAAAUCGCGCGCUUCGACAGCCGCCGCGGGACCUUCGAGGCCGUCACGGAGCUGGGCCGGCCCGACGCCGACUACUGGAACAGCCAGCCGGGGAUCCUGGACUACAAGCGGGGCGAGGUGGAGCGCUUCUGCCGCCACAACUACGGGAUCUACGAGCACUUCCUCACCACCAGGAAGGUUCAGCCCACGGUGAAGAUCUCCCCCACCAAGGCCGAGCCCCUGUCCCACCACACCCUCCUGAUCUGCACCGCGGCAGGAUAUUACCCCUCGGAGAUUAAGAUCAAGUGGCUGAAGAACGGGCAGGAGCAGACGGAGGGGGUGGGGUACUCGGAUGCGCUCCAGAACGGAGACUGGACCUUCCAGAACCAGGUGAUGCUGGAGACAGUGCCUGAGAGGGGAGACAUCUACGCCUGCCAGGUGGAGCACAGCAGCCGGGAGGAGCCGAUCACCGUGCAGUGGGAGCCACAGACCUCGGACUCUGCCAAGAGCAAAGUGUGGACGGGGGUCGUGGGGGCCGUGCUGGGGGUGGUCUUUGUGGCCGUGGGACUCGCCCUCUACCUGAAGAGCGGGAAAGCAACUCCCCUCCCACCUGCUACAGCCCUCAUCAGGUAACCCUCUUCCUGCCCAGGAGCCUGAGACUGUGGAAGGGCCUUUCCUGUUGCAAAUGCCCCCCUCCUGUCCUUUCCUCUGGGGAGGGGCAUUGCAGGGGGUGAAGAUGGACGGAGGAAGGGCUGCUUGAGACUGGCGCUGCUCGCCCCUCCCCUGCAACUGGUUUCUUCUGUGCUUCUCUUUUAUUACUUGUGGGGAGG